AUGGCUUCCUCUUCUUCUCCCCCAAAGCAUCUCGAUUUAAAUGUUGCUCCCAAAACAACCCGUGACGCCAAAGUCUGGCAUCCAUCCUUUUUAUCCCAAAAUCAUCAUAUCACGGUUAAUGAUUCUGUGAUGAUGAAUGAUACAACUGCUGUCAUAGUAGCUAUGAAUUUCCUUACUCCUAUGGAUGAAAUACUAUUAACAGUAAGGUCUGACGAAGAGGCUAUUGAUGACUCAAUGGCUUUUAGCAUUCACAAUGCUGCUUCUGUUUCUAACAUGACUGAUCGUUUGCGUACCAGAGCAAAUAAGAUUCAGGAGUUGAACACUGAAAAUUCGUCUCUUCAGAGAAUGCUUCAUGAGUCUCAACAAGAGGUUGAGAACUUAAAUAGGAAAAUAAGGCCUUGUUGA